AUGCUUCACAUUCGGAGCGACCUGAAGACCUGGAGACCUGCAGACGGCCUCACUCGGUUCACCACUAGAACCCUCAGAACCCUCCAGAACCCUCAGAACCCUCAGAACCCUCCGGACCGGUCGUCUCCUCGGACUCUGCCGGCCUGUCGGAGGUCCCGCUGCGGAUCGGAGGCUGAGCAGGAGGAGCAAGUACAAGACAGACCAGUAUCACAGGUAUCACCAGUAUCAGGUAUCACAGGUAUCACCAGUAUCACCAGUAUCACAGGUAUCACCAGUAUCACAGGUAUCACCAGUAUCACAGGUAUCACCAGUAUCACAGGUAUCACCAGUAUCACAGGUAUCACCAGUAUCACAGGUAUCACCAGUAUCACCAGUAUCACAGGUAUCACCAGUAUCACCAGUAUCACAGGUAUCACCAGUAUCACAGUAUCACAGGUAUCACCAGUAUCACAGGUAUCAGGUAUCACAGGUAUCACCAGGUAUCACAGGUAUCACCCAGGUAUCACCAGGUAUCACCAGUAUCACAGGUAUCACCAGUAUCACCAGUAUCACCAGUAUCACCAGUAUCACAGGUAUCACCAGUAUCACAGGUAUCACCAGUAUCACCAGUAUCACAGGUAUCACCAGUAUCACAGGUAUCACCAGUAUCACAGUAUCACAGCUGUAGAUGUGACCCGCCUCCUCUUAACCAACACUUCCUCUCUGCUGCACUCCCGGUGCACCAUGGGAUUUGCGGUCCUUUUCACCCUCCUCCUCUGCGUGGUGACAUCAUCAGUGUGUGCUGGAGUGGGCGGGGCCAGUCAGGGUGGCGCUGUGCUGUGUCCUCUGCAGUGUGUGUGUGAGACCAGACCCUGGUACACGCCACAGUCCGUUUACCACCAGGCCAAAACCGUGGACUGCAACGAGCUCCACCUGCACCGAGUACCAGCCAACGUCUCCUCGGACACACAGGUUCUGCUGCUGCAGAGUAACAACAUCUCCUCCAUCAACACGGAACUGCAGAGUUUGACCAACCUCACGGAACUGGACCUGUCCCAGAACCACUUCACCCAGGUGAGCUCUAUGGGUCUGUCCACUCUGGGCCGGUUGGUGACUCUGUACCUGGAGGAGAACCACAUUGAGGAGUUGGAGGACUUCAGUCUGAGGAACCUGUCCAGUCUGGAGGAGCUCUACAUGAACCACAACCGCAUCUCCUCCAUAGGACCAAAAGCCUUUGCUGGACUCACUAACCUGCUGCGGCUCCACCUGAACUCCAACCGGCUGGUGGCCAUCGACAGCCGCUGGUUCGAGUCCCUGCCGUCCCUGGAGAUUCUGAUGAUUGGGGAGAACCCCAUCCUGGGUCUGGAGGAGAAGAACUUCCUGCCUCUGUCACGCCUCCACAGCCUGGUUCUGGCUGGGAUGGGUCUGGCCUCCGUCCCCUCCGCUGCCUUCAUGGGCCUCGACUACCUGGAGAGCCUCUCCUUCUAUGACAACCGGCUCAGGUCUGUUCCUCGGGACGCUCUGAGCGUUCUCCCUAACCUGAAGUUCCUGGACCUGAACAGGAACCCGAUCAGCCGAGUCCAGCAGGGAGACUUCCAGAACCUUCAGCACCUGGAGGAGCUCAGUCUGAACAACAUGGAGGAUUUGUUGAUGGUGGAGCAAUCAGCUUUCAAGAAUCUUCCAGAAAUCGCUAAACUGGAAAUCUGCAGCAACCCGAGACUUUCUUACAUCGACCCACAGGCCUUCAGUCUUGAGCUGUCCUCCCUGCGGACCCUCCUGCUGCACAGUAACCAGCUGGGCCUCCUCUCUGGAGACCUCCUCUCGUCCCUCCCGUCCCUGGAGGAGGUGUCUCUCCACUCGAACCCCCUGAGGUGUGACUGUCUCUCCUCCUGGGGUCCUCACCUCGGCAACCAGUCUCACCUCAAGAUGCUGGAGUCCUCCAUCACCCUCUGCUCCUCCCCCCCUCACCUGAUUGGUCGGGAGCUGCAGGAGGUGGUGGGGGCCGGAUGGGGUGGGGCCGGCGGCGGAGGGGAGGCCAACAGCUGCCUGCCUCACAUCUCUCCUCACGCCUUCCCCACCAUGAACGUUAGCACUGGGCAGCCAAUCACACUGGAGUGCUGGGCGGACGCUGACCGCCCCCAGUUCUACUGGGUGACGCCCACUGGAGACAAGGUGAGCUCGGAGGCAGUGGCUGCACCAAUCGUAUCAGAGGAGGGGCGUGGCCUGAGCAGCAGGAAGAAGAAGAAGCAUCGCGUGUCGGAGCCAGGAGCGCUGGUGAUCGAACAUGCGGAGCCAUCGGACACAGGUGUGUAUACCUGUGUAGCGUGGAACAUGGAGGGCGCCGACACAAAGAGCGUCUCCGUGUCCGUGGACUCUCGGGGGUCCGUGGACUCGUGGUCCGGCUGGGGGAUCCGGUGGGGCGGUGAACCCGGCAGAGAGCUGCCCUGGCUGGGGAACUCGUCCGGUGCUGCAGCCUCUCUGGUGGUGCUGGCCAAGGUGGUUCACGCCCAGUCGGUGGUGUUGGAAUGGAAGUUGUUUCCCAGUGGAAGACCUUCGUCUGUUGGUCAGAACCAGCAGGACGCCCCCCUCCCUCUGACCCGCUGGACCAGCGCCACCGUGCACAUCGACAACCCUCAGAUCAGCUACACCGCCAAGGUUCCAGUGGAUGUUCAGGAGUAUAAUCUGACUCACCUCCUUCCCGCCACAGAGUACCACGUCUGCCUCACCGUCUACUCCUCUCCUCCCCACUCCUCCUCCCUCAGCUCCUCCCCUCCCCCCUCCUCCCCCAUCCACACCUCCUGUCUGAACGUCACCACCAAGGAGGCGGGUUUCUCGGUGGAGCUGGUGGUGUCGCGGCGCAGCAGCGUGGCGCUGGCGGCCGUCAUGGGCUCCAUGUUCGCACUUUCCAUCAUGGCGCUGCUGGUGGUCUACAUGGGCCGCCGCGUGCAGCAGCACAAGUCCUGCGGACACUCGCUGAAGAAGUACAUGCAGCACGCCACCUCCAUCCCGCUGAAGGAGCUGUACCCGCCGCUCAUCACGCUGUGGGAGAGCGAGGCCGAGAAGGACAAGGAGGACAAGGAGGAGGAGGAGCAGAGGGAGGCUGGGGAGAGGCGGGAGGAGGAGGCGGGGGGGAGUCAGAUCGACACCACAAAGACCUACAUGUGGUAGCUGGAGGAGGAUCAGCAGGAGGACCAAGAGGCGAACCGGAGGAAAGUUACCAGCAAAGAGAGAAGUCACAUGACCCAACGGGAGACAAGCGUCCACGAUGUCCACGAGAAGAGAAGAAGAGACGACGGAGAACCCUUAGAGGAACCAUCCUGGUGUUUUUAUGUUCCUGAUCAGUCUGC